AAUGGAGGCUGUGAUCAAAACAAAAAUGACAGACUGACUAGAACCUUAAAAACACCACCAUGGUGAGAAUAAGAGAUAAAAAAUUCAUUAACUUUUACUAGAUCAAGAAAUAUGUACUUUAUUUUGUGCUGAUUAAAAUUUUAGUUUCAGCCCAGAGGCAUUUUUCAUUUGGGAUUUUUUUCUAAAUAUGUUUUUAGGGAGGCUAGAGACAGCUAGAUUCACAGGAGUGCUUUGUUUUGACCCUUGAAGGCUGUGAUGUUGGGCAAGGAACCAGGUCACGUCUCAUGUGCAAGGAAAAACUGUUAUGUAUGUUUUCUCUCUCACCCUACCACCCCUUCAUGGGCCUAGAACAUCUGUAAUGAAUCUAACUAGAAGUAAUUGUCCAAGAUAUCUGCUUAUUCCUUAAGAGCUGAUAGGAAUGUCUCCUUUUUGGUGAGCUCCAGAUUUCAUGUUGGCACUAAAAUGAACAAUCAGUCAUAACUGAGGACUGGAGUUUCUUCAGAUGUGUAAUGGCUUCAUAGCACACAGGGCAACAGCAUUAGGCAAAAAUAAGUUUUGCCACCCGGACAAUGAGCACCAAAGUCAUGUAUUCUUUCUGCCAUGUAUUGUCUUUCCUAUCACUGUUGGCAUCCCAAUUCAUUUCUGUGGGUGUUACACAGAUUGGAGAUAAUUAGAUUGGUUUUGAGUCAGGGGUCUCCUCAUUCUUCUCACUGGUUGCCUGCCUGCCAUUCAUCCCUCAAAAAAGCUCACCUUGCUGUGGGAUAAUACAUGCCAUGCUUAUCUCACCUGCCGAGAAUGGACCAAGCACCUGAGCCCUGGAGAUCUGCUCAAGACCUCCUGAUGUCUGUCUGGAUGACAGACAAGCAGAAGUUCUCACAAAACUCUUCUCUUUUCCUUCACCUUUGCUAUGAUACAGAAUAGAGCCACCAGACCCUCUUUCCUCCCUCUCUGUUCUGCUUGUCUUCCUUCCACAGUUCAGGGACUCCUUCUCUCAACCUCCAUUGCUCCUGCCACCUUCUCUCACUUCCAUGCAGAUUUACCCUUCCAUCUUCUCACUCCCAAAUCACGAGACUUCUUUUUGGAGGUUGCCUACUGUCACACUCCCACCACCACUUACAGCCCUCCCACCACCACCUGUGCAAGCUGCUGGUCUCUUUGUGUCCCAGUACAUCUAAAGCUGAGCUCAACCAGAGCUGCACAGCUCAGCUCAAGCUGAGAUGAGGAACCUCUUGGGAAGGUGGAAGGACAGCUUGCAUCUCUCGUUUCCGUGUCACAGCUAACAUUGUGCCAUGUCCUCCCAGCAGGUUAGAUCUUCCUCUGCUCAUGAAAUGACAAGCUAGGUCCAUCAGAGAGACCCCAAAGCAAGUCCUGUAUUUAGCCUACAAUUCUGCAUUCCUCCAGACCCUCCUCAGCUGCAGAAGACAGUCUAGUGUUUGCUUUUCUGGGAAUAACAUUGCUGUUAAUGAAUGAUAACAUUUAGCUGUAGUACAGCUCCUCAAAACCGUUUAUUUUUUUCUCUUUUUUUAAUGCUAAGGGUUGAUAUGGCUUGAGGCUGGGUAGCCCUCAGAGCCUUGUGCAAAUCAGAUCCCCAUCUGCAUCUGCUUCCUCUGGGCUCCAGGAACCAGAGCCACAUUCAGGUCAGCCUCAAGGCUGUUGCAGAUUGACCCCCGAGGAAGACCUCUGCACUGGAGAGAUACUGAGGAGCUUCUUAACAUCACUUAAAAAAAAAAAAAAAAAGUCUAAAAUGCCACCAGACAAGGCUUAAAUAUCUUACACAAAAGUCAUGUCCCUGUCUCCCAGAAGAACACAGUUGAAUUGCAGGUUUUUACCAACAAAGGCAGGGGUCCAAAUACUCAUGGACUGCUUGAGACACCUCCAGGGAAGACUUUUAAAGUGAACUCCAGAGCCUGCUGAGCUCAGUGAGACGUUAAAGGUGGACUCCACCCAAAGGAAACUCAUCUAUAAAAAAAUGACACCGUUGCUUAUAGUCAUUCUGAAAGACACAACCAGUGUUUGUGUUGAGAGGGAUGCUUUCUUAGCACUUAAUUGCUGUCUAAGGAAAUUAUAGCAUGGCCAAAUGAAUGCCAUAAAAUUGAUUACCUUGUAGAAGUAGUAGUAACUAUUAUUAUUAUUUAAUUAUUAAAUAUUUUUAUUUUCAUUACAAUGUGUUGUGAUACAUCACAGCAUAUUGUACUUCAGAACUUAUUACUGCAUAUACUCAUUAUAAUGCUCCAGGAAUUCAGAAUUUCAUGGGUUUUUUACCAGAAAUACAUGCUGGGUCUUUUCAUUCUGAAAGUUUUUUCCCCAGUUUUAGAGAUGAAAGCUUCUUUAAAAAUGGUAAUGAAUUAAAACCUGCAAAAUUUUAAUUAUUUGUAGCCUUAAGGAUCAAAAAGUAGAAAAUAUAAAGCCCUAUUUCUAGCCUGCUAUAUUUGAACUAAAAGAAGAUUGUUAAAAAAAAUAAUAACCAAAGAAGCAAAUGAAAUCUUAUUUUUGGAGGAGUUUUCAGGGGGUCCGAUUCAAUAUAUUUUGCACUCUUUGAAGCUAUGAGACUGAAACUCCUUCCUGUUUACCUGUGGGCUCAUGGUGAGAAUACUGACAGUUGGUUUCAAUUUUUUAUAUGUGGAAGUGAGAGGAGUUAAAGCAAGAACUUGAGUCUUCCUCCUGCAACCAUGUUCAAAGUAAAAUGCCCCGGCGUUUCUGCAUAUGAGGCUAUAGCAUCAAUAGCCAUAGCUUGAGGAGUCACACAAAUGUUUUGCCCUCCAUUCCAAGACAAAAACUAAGCACCUGCUCAGAUCAAGGAUCUUGAUCAUUAUUUUUGUGGUAGACUGUAAAAGGAUAAACUUCAAGUGCAGACCAGCCUCAUCAGUGUCUUGUGUGGGAGCAUGCCCCGAGUCUUUGUUACUGGAAAUAACCAUUAGGAAAACAAAGGUAAAACUUUAAUUACAGAGAAUAAGGAUAUUUUUUGUAAUUCUUAUAAAAUCUUGAUUGCAUAAAAUGUCAUGUGAGCAUAUAUCUCUAUAUAGCAGAAGGAACUCUUAUUUGGAUGUUAAAACUCCCAAACAAAGAACUUUGCAAAGGCCUUUUUCUUUCCACUGCCUCUAUUCAAGAGUGCCUUGAAUUACAAAGUCUGGUGUAAACAUCUACAGUGCAAAUGCUCAGAGCUAGGUAAGACAAACCCAUCCCUGUCUCAAAAAAACCCAACACGGGGUUUCUCCACAGGCUCAGAAGCCCAGGUGCCACCUUUGGUUCUGUACAGAGGUGUCCACACCCCAGAAGUAGCUUGUGUUCUUGUGAGCAGCUGGCCUUUUACAGCUUUGGGGCUAGUGAGUGUUUACAUGUUCCAUCUCAGAAAUGCCUUUUAGUCAAACACAUACAUUUAGGAGAGGGAAACAGAUUUUUAGGCACAGAGGGCAUUUUGUGCAGAGGACUAACUCCUGAUGCUCCAGGAUGCCUGACUUUCAGCUGGAGACCCUCUGUAUAUAAAAGUACCAUACACUAUAUGGACAUCAAAUGCUUGUCCAGGCUGCAAUGGAUGCCACUCCCUCAAAUAACCCAGUUUUUUACCUUGUUCUCUUGGGCACCACAGCACUGAAUUCUUGCUGAGAAUAUUGCUCCACUGCUCUAAACCUCUUCUAUAAAUGAGAGUUGGGAGGUCAAGCCAUUACUUUAGGCCAUUUCUGCACUUCAUUACAUAAGCAUCACUCAACAGUAAAAUGUACUUGGUCACAGUUAUGCAAAAAACACUUCAGUUUUUCUCUUCCAUGGAGAUGAUCAGAGUCUUCUCCUCUGGCCACCUGCAUAUUCUCAGCAUGAAACAGAAAUCAUGUGUAGGGCAGAGCAUUCGAUACCAAACUGCAGUGGAACAGUACUUGAAAGACCUCGAAGUGAGGAAGGAGUUAAUCAUUGCAAAAUAGUCAUUUCCUGAGUCCUCUGGUUGGAUGAAUAAAAACUUUCAACUAUUUCUAUUUCUUCUGUGUCAUUUAAGAGGCUUUCAAGGUGCACAGUACCUCUCAGACCAGAUCUUACUCAUAGCGGAAAGCUGAUCUUCUGCAGCACGGAAACAUCAGCAGUGAGAUGGAUGUUACAUGCAGAGUUUAGCUGAAUGAGGCAAUUGCUGAAGCAAUAAGGGAAUAUUCAGGAACACGAGCUUUGAGUAGGUUUUCAAGCCAAGUGUUCAUGAUAUGAUCCAGCUGGCUUCCAGGGAUCAACAACCCACUUGUGAAUAAUGGGUAAAAACGUAUCCCACCUGGAUGCUUUGACGCUGGCAAUGCUCCAGAAUAAAACAGUCUCCAUCACCCUCCCAGUUGUGUACACAGUGGUGGCUCUGGUCAGCAUCCCUGGCAACUUGUUCUCCCUUUGGGUGCUCUGUUGGCACAUCAAACCCAAAACACCUUCUGUUAUCUUCAUGAUCAACUUAAGCAUCACGGACCUUAUGCUGGCCAGCUGUUUCCCCUUCCAGAUUUCUUAUCACCUCCAAAGCAACCACUGGAGAUUUGGCAAGACUCUUUGCAGCCUUGUGACAGUGAUGUUCUACUCCAACAUGUAUUCUUCCAUACUGACCAUGACCCUUAUCAGCGUGGAGCGGUAUGUGGGUGUGGUACACCCCUUGAAGUUGAUCAAGUGGAGAAGAAAAAGAUAUGCCUUUGCUGCCUGCCUAGCUAUGUGGAUUUUCUUGCUACUAGCCUUCUACCCACUAGAAACUGCAGACCUGACCUAUGAAGUGAAAGAACUAGGGAUUAUAACCUGUUUUGAUGUCCUAAAAUGGGAUAUGCUGCCCACCUUUGCAGCUUGGGUAGCCUUUCUCCUCACUUUAUUUGUUGUCCUGUUCCUGAUCCCUUUUGUUGUAACAGUUGGAUGCUACAUUGGUAUCAUUAGGAAGCUAAUUCAGACAUCAAGCAAAUAUGGUAGUAGGCAAAAGACUAGAUCCAUAUACCUGGCGACAAUUGUCCUUCUGUCCUUCGUCACUUGCUUCGCACCCAAUAACUUCAUCCUACUCGCGCAUAUGAUCAGCCGCCUAUUCUACAGCAGCAGUUUGUACCCUGCCUACAAGCUCACCUUGUGCCUCAGUUGCUUCAACAACUGCAUAGAUCCCUUCAUUUAUUAUUUUGCAUCGAAAGAAUUUUACCAGAAAUUCAUGCAAGUGUUUCGCCCUAAGGUACUACUCAGUGACAGCUUGGAAAACAGAAGGGAAAGUUUAUUCUCUGGCAGGACCAUGUCAGCCAGAUCGAUGUCAAGUGGACCUAUGGAUGGGUUAGAGGGAGUAAAAGUCAAUUUGCAAAGGCAGGAAAGUGUUUUUUAGCUUUAGAUAUUCCCAGAAGAAAGACACCUGUGAUACCCAUGAGUAGACACAAACAUUUCCAUUUGAAUGGCCAUACUGAAAAUACCUUGCUCCAGCAGCAGAACUCAAGCUGUAAUUGAAUUUAAUUUCAGUAUUUUCUGGUCAGAAAUGGAAGUGCUAAAGGAACUGAGUUUAUUCAAGAAGGCAAAGAAGCAAAUCAAACAGUGUUAGCCUGGAAAUAGCCUUGCUGCAUAAGACCAAGAGAUAGGUCUAGAACAGUUACUCUCAGGUUGUAUGAUAGUCAACCAAAGACUUGUGACUCUUAGUGAAUGUGAAAUAUUACUGUAUGUACAUCAAAUAGAGCAUACACCAAAGCUGGCUUGGGAGUAAGAGGGUUGUUUUUCUAAGCUAUGUGCUAAGCUUUGUUUUUGUUUAUUUUUUUAAUUAUAUAUUUUUUCUCUUGUAUUUUUAUAAAAGAAAUAAUAAAAGUAGCAUGGAAUUUUACUAUUAAUGCAUAACGCACAGGCACUGUGAACUCACCACAACAUUUACCCAACUGCCUAUCAUAGUCAAACCACACUGACACUUGAAAAGCUUAGGUUGACUCAUAUUAUUUAUUUCAAUCUUAUACAGCAAAACAUCUCCUGCAAUGAAUGCAAAGCUAUCAACGUUUGCAAAUACUUCUGCAUUUCUUGAAAUUAUUAAUUUCUCAGGACUGUGGGGAGCAGUUUAUUUAAGGAAACAGACUUUCCCACAUUAACCUAUUACAGUACCAAUGCUGCUUCUAUGUGGUAAGUAUCAAAUGGUCAUUUUCACCAAUUCACUGUAGGCUACACACAGAAGAACUAUCCCUCUCAGGAGAAUUUAGCUUUACAUAGAGCCUGGGGUGUGAGUUUUUCUUCCUUACAGAGAUGGUGUAGAUUAUAAACCAGAUUUUCAGCUGGAUAAAUGAAAAUUCAACCACAGAUUAGAGAGUCAUUCUGUGCCAGCAAAAACCAGCUGAAACCUUUUCCUGAUGGCUAGAUGUCAGAAAUGGAUCUUUCAGGCACACAAGAAGAAAGAAGAAAAGAAAGAGGAAAAUAGGACUUGAGAAAGGGAGCUGUCCCAAACAUCCUGAAAAUAAGUUAUGGCAGGUGGGUUGAGCAGUCCAGUGCUCAGAGCCCUCCUCUGAAAUGUCUUUCUACAGCUUCUUUACAAAUUCUGUGUCAUGUUUAAUUCUUCUCACUUAUCAACAACUGCCUGUGUGCUUGGAAAGACAACUGCUACAGAACAUUCACUGGGGACAGAAGAAAGAUAAGUUUUUCCUGUAGUUGUUACAGCUUUUAACCUACAUUUGACCCUCAUUGACAGAGGACAGACAGAAACCACCUGAAAAGACCAGACAAGUCCCCCACAUAAGCAAGACAAAGCUACUCCAUAUCCUUUUGCUGCACUGCAACUCUAUGCAACACUGAGGAGGAAGCUGUCUGCAGCAUUGUGGAUAGUUGGUUCAGACGUACUGCAUUGAUUCCUGAGCUCCUGUACCUCAGUAAUAGGCAACACCCAAGGCCUUAAAAUUUUCUAUUUUUAUUUGGAUAUCUCAUGACUAAAAAACAAUUUUCCACCACUAAUCACCACUAAUCAUAAAUUUCUUCACAGUGGAGGGUGGAAAACCACAACAUGGACAGUGAGAUAUCUGAAUGUCCUAUCUUCUGCAAAAGUAUUGUCAGUUUUUAGAGCAGAAUAAAUGUGAGUAGACCUAGCAUUACUGUUAACAAGCUAAUGUAAAUAUUCAAUGUUUUGUGGCAUUUAACAGUCUUAGUUUUAAUUGAUCUGCACAUUUUCUGUGUACAAGGCCAACCUUAGUGAUACGUAACACCUAAACCCUCCCAUCCAUUUGCCUGGAAGCUACUCUUUCACUUUCACAUGGUUCCAGCUUUCUCACUAUCAGAAUGUUUCAUUGUUUUCCACAUUUUGUUGUGGCAGAAAAUUUUUUGAAGUUUAUACUGAAAUCUCUCUCCUUUUUCUUUGUAACAUGGAAAUAUCAUUGCAUUGAAAGCCUUUACCUCUGUGACAUCUAAUGCAGACUUUGAUUCUGUUUUAUCUUGAACAUGGUCCUCACAUGCAUAAUCCCUCCUAAAAUAUGCUGCAAAGUGCCUGAACUAUAACUGACACAAAAUAGAGACAAAAGUGCAGAAACCUUGCACUUUGGACACCAACUGUAUUUCAAAAAAUAGUAAAUUGCUCCUUUUUCAAGUGAGAAAAGAUAUUCACAACUGACUGAAAAUGUUCUCUCCAGCCUCGUGCAGCUCUUCAUAAUUCUUCAUCUCUUUUCUGAAAAUGUUUAAAAAGGAACAGGAAGGAUGCAUCAUUUGAGUACACUGCCAUUUAAUUAACUAGCCUACAGUUAGCUCAGAUUUCUCAAUGGGAUUGUUCCUUGAGAAAGGAAUGUAAAAAUGAACCUAUCAACAGCAAUCCUUCAAGUUCUAUGGCAUAUACUGUGAAGUCUUGGAGAGUUUUUAUUAGAGAUGAAGAGAAUAAAUUAUUAUUAAAAGAGGCCCAUCAUGCUGUUCUUUGAUCCUAGAAAUAUAUAUUCUUCUGGAGCAUCAUAAGAAUAAUGGUUUCUACCCUCCUUGAUCAGUGAGUUUAAGCUGACAUCCAUAUACAUAUAUACAUAUAAAUAUAUACAUAUAAAUAUAUACAUAUCAAUGCAAUUGCAAUUUGUGAGGUUAUUGAGAAGUUCAUGUCUAUAUUACGUUCAGUUUCGGGAAUACAGGUCCUCGGCACCUUGCUUACUUGCAAGCAUUACUAUGUAUUUAAUGUAAUUUUACUGAAAAGAUAAGAAAGUAAAGGCUUCUGUUUGUUUUCGAGGCUGGGAGGGGAGUUUGUGUUUGGUUUUGUUUUUUAAUUACUGUAUAGAAAUUUAACCUAUGAAUGUGCUUGAUUUUUUUUUGCAUAUAUAAUGAUAAUAAUUUAAAAAAAAAGUACAUGAUCUAAGAUUCAUUCCUGUGUUUUUACCUGCCACAUGUGAAAAACUUCCAAACAUAGAAGAGGGCAGGGAAACCAAGUUAUGAAAUAAAAAUAAUCUGUUUCUCCUUGUUAUUGUGGAUUUUUUUCUUUUUUUUUCAGAUUUUUUUUCCAGGAUAGAUAUAUAUAUGAGAAGUUGGCAUUGUCAUAGACCCUUCACACAAAUUUUAAAAGUAUCAAUACUUUGAUGAGAUGUUGCGUAACUUGAAUCCUUCUCCUUGCCCUACAGGGAUAUAUAUUUUUUAAUUUCUAUGCAUUUCUGAAGGUGCCUAGCAGUCAGAGCCUGUCCCACCACCAGCCUGAAGCAGGGCAUUGGAGGAAACUGGGAAUGGACAGUGAGGGGCAGUAGUCAUGGAAUCACAGAAUCAUAGAAUAUAUGAAGCUGGAAGAGAUCCACAAGGGGAAUCAUAGAAUCAUAGAAUAUAUGAAUUUGGAAGAGAUCCACAAGGAUCAUUGAGUCCAAUUCCUGGCCCUGCACAGGACCAUCCCCAAGAGUGACACCAUGUGCCCCAGAGCCCUGUCCAAACACUUCUUGAGCUCUGUCAGGCUGGUGCUGUGACCAUUUUCCUGGGGAGCCUGUUCCAGAGCCCAACCACCCUCUGGGUAAAGAAUAUUUUCCUAAUAGCCAACCUAAACCUCCCAUGACACAACUUCAGGCCAAUCCCUUGGGUCCUACUCCUGGUCAUUAGAGAGAAGAGGUCACUGCCUGCCCCUCUUCUUCCCCUCACAAGGAAGCUGUAACUGCAAUGAGGUCACCUCCAGGCUGAACAGACCAAGUGCCUUCAGAUGCUCCUCACAAAGCUUCUCCUCUGCACACUUCAAUAUCUUUGUAGUGCUUCUUUGGAUGAUCUCUAAGAACUUCAUGUCUGUCUUAUAAAUCCAUGGUUCACCCAUACC